AUGGCGGAUGCUGCAUCUUCUCAAGCUGUCGGUGGCCAGAGGGAUGGUCGGGGAGGAGACAUUAUGGCUGUGCUGAUUGCCGUGGAUGGAAGUGACCAGUCCUUCAGCGCCCUCGACUGGUACUUGAAUAAUAUUUGGAAGUCAGGCUCGAAAGUAAUUGUAGCACACUGCUCUGACUAUAGCAGUGUUGUGUGGGCACCCAUAAUGUCUACAGAUUCUGCUGCUGUGUCAAAUAUGAUGCAGCACUGCGAAGACACCACCAACAAUAUUUUAGCACAGAUCCAGCAGAAACUGGCACGUGCAAAGAUAGAUGCCCAACUGCUGAGGUUGGCGGGGGAACCUGGACCGGCCAUUGUCAAAGCUGCAGAUGAACACAGAGUCGACUACAUUGUGACAGGAACAAGAGGUCUCGGCACACUUAGACGGACAUUGCUUGGUUCUGUCUCUAGCCACAUCGUACAUCAUGCACAUUGUCCAGUGUUGGUGUGUCCUUUCAAGAAGCAGUAA